AUGCCCAACCAGAGCUGGGAACUCGUUCAAUCGAGCAAUUGGGACGCCACGAUCUGGACCUUGCGUGCCGCGCCGUGCCAAGAUGAAAAAGCCAGUGUUUCGUUCUCUGUGCUUCGUAUCCCGUAUCACUUCGGAUACAUGUGCUCGGAGGUUCAUGAGCCCAUGAAGUCCAUUCUGAGGAAGAAGAAUAUCGGAAAUGACAUUGGGCAGCGAGUCUCUGGCGUUGCGAGUCGCGAGUCCGUUCCUUGCGAGGUGGACGAGGGCGAGUGGACGGUUGAUGUUGAGAUGUGCUGUCGUUUCUCGUCUCUCAUCUCUUGGUGUACGCAGUACGAUCGGGAGGUGGCAAGUCCCGAGAUAGCAUCGCUUAGCACCUGCCCCAGGUGGGCAGACCUGAGGAGAUCAGGUGCCAUCCCUGCACUGCCCACUAUCAUCUACCCGACAUCUUUUGCAGGUGAUCCGUGCGCAUGUUCCUACCUGCUACCCCACCUUCCCAGUACCUCAGCGCCUCACCAACACUUCACCUCCAGUCAGGAGGACCGCUUCAAGGAACCUCAGACGCUAAAAAUGAAGAUAUUAAUUUUUGAGACUCAGAAGAAGAAGAAAAAAAAAUUCACGUAUGCCUUGCAUGUCGAUAUGGACUUGUUGGUUAUCUUUGAAGCAUCCAGCCUGUCGCUACCUUUAGCGUUCAUCUUCACUCCGCUUCCCGGUCUGAGCGGCACUCCUGGUGGUCCAUCUCUGAGACUUUGGCAAGUCUAUUCCGCGCUACGCUUCGGCAGAGCGACGGAAGCGAGUCCUGGAGCGGGUCUAAUCCCCGGAAAAGCCCACAUCCACCUGCUAGUGAAGACUCCGUACCGCGUCAAGAUAGGCACACUAAAUUGA